AUGGCGAUUAGCAUCCUGCCACCGUCCAUGGCGGAGGAAACAUUCAGCUCCUCAGACGAUGAGUCAAGAGAUUCUGAAGGCGACAUUGAUAUGUCCGGAAGCCAUUCGCGACCUGCAAAGCGUCUCCGCCUCUCCAAGGGCGGAAUAGUAACUCCAGGAGAAGUUGUAACGGACGAUCCGCAAUGGAUGCGAGGUCACGGCACCUUCACCCGAGCCCCUCACCACCCCCACUACAACCCCCCCAACAACCCCGCUACAACCCCGAAUACAAUCAUAGCCACCGUCGCCGGCACCGUUCAGAAAACUAACAAGCUGCUCUCCGUCCAACCGCUCCGAGCCCGCUACACACCCGAAAUCGGCGACCUAGUCGUUGGCCGCAUCGUCGAAGUGCAAUCGCGGCGGUGGAAAGUAGACGUCGCGGCCCCCUUGCUCGCCCAGCUCCCGCUAUCCGCCAUAAACCUCCCCGGCGGCAUAUUGCGUAAGCGCACGACGGCCGAUGAGCUGCAGAUCCGCUCCUUUUUCAACGAGGGCGAUCUGCUUGUUGCGGAGGUGCAGGCCGUGCAUCAGGAUGGGGCUGCGUCGUUGCAUACACGCUCGUUGAAGUAUGGCAAAUUGCGCAACGGUGUGUUUUUGGCAGUGGGCGGGAUUAGUGUGGCUGGUGGAGUUGUUAGGGGGAGUGGGGUUGUCAGGUCCCGGAGGCAAGUGUGGACGUUCACUGCGUCGCAUGGCGCGGGGGAGAUUGAUGUUAUAUUGGGCGUUAAUGGGUAUAUAUGGAUUGCGAAACAUGUUGGAGAUGGGGAUGUAGGUGGUACUGUUGCUGGAGAUGUGUCUAUUACGCGCAUGGAGGAGAUGGUCAGUAGUGCCAUUUACUCGAGCCAGAAUGAUGAAAUCGGGCCUGCAACGAGGAGGGAGAUUGCAAGGCUUUGCGGGUGCAUUCGGGUGCUUGUGGAAGGUGGAGUUAAGGUUGAUGAGGAUACGGUUAUGAAAGCAUAUUCUGCGAGUUUGGAAAUAGAAUUGGAGAUAGGUGACGAGGAGGAAGAUAGAGAAAGGAGGGAGGGAAGAGAUUAUCUAGGUAGUGAGAAUGCGAGGAGAGUUGUGAAUGCUGCAUUGGGACGAUGA